AUGCUGAUGCUGACUUUGUUUAAUUCAAGCUUACACAGUAAGAAGAGGACAACCUAAACGCUAUGGCCAUAACUUUGAUCAAUACUCUGGAAUCAAUGAUUUUAGCUAAACUGACCAGCUCUCAGUACCUGUGAGUCUUCAACCGCAGUGUCUCAAGAGCCUUUUGGUGAGCGAGUAGUUCCUCAUCUUUGCUUUUCUCUCUAUAGUUCAUAUCUUUCACACAGCAUCUCAGCGUAAAUAUUCAGCUUCUAAUCGUAUCUCUUGACCUAACCUUGGAGUAGUGUAGCACAAUGAGUGACCCAAACUGCAAAGAAAAGGAUGCUCCCAACAGUCUGUCUAAUAGAGAUAUGAUUGAACUCCCAGAUGAUCUCUCCCUGAGCGACUCUGACUCUGAUGAACCCACAGAGCAUUUCGGCAGAAAGGUUGAGGACUUGUCAUCAUCCUCAGAGGAUGAAGGUGAGACUCAGCAGCAUGUCAAGUCUGUUCCUCAAGAAAAUCCCACCUUCAGACUGAUAGGUGGCAGCUCUGGUUUCUGUGAUCGGAGCAAGGACAUCUUUGCACAGUUGGAUAGUGCAGCAAAGCUCACAUCUAAGGAUCUUGGUGAAGACAACAUUCUUGAUGGCAUGUUUGCCCGUCCUGCUCCACCGUCACCUCCACAGGCAGCUCAAGGGAAGUGUGGUGUUGGCCAAGAGGCAACCAAAAAACAACCUCCAGGUAAAAAACUCCCAGACUACUUAGCAAACCCUGAGCGCUGGACCCGCUACAGUCUUGAAGAUAUUGCUGAAACCAGUGAUAGAAAGAAUAGUCAGGUCGCUCAUGAGUACAUUCAGGAGCUUCAAGACAGCCGGAGGUCUCAAAAAGCCACGCUGGAGACUUUCACUCCAACUUUCAACCAGGAUCACAGCAGCAGCAGUGAUAAUAAGAUUGUGUUCACUAAACCCAAAAGCAAAGAUCAAAGUGGGAGCAAACUUGACCAUGCUAAGAAGGAAGCAGUUGGCCUUCAACACUUGGAUGAUCAUCACAUUUCAUGGGGCAAUAAAGAGAAAAAAAGGAAGUGGGGGUCUGAGAAAGAGGAAGAAGACAAAAUGGUGUCCAGUGCCGUCUUCAACAGUGGCAAGAAAGUAAAUCGCAAACACUUCCGUAAAACACUGGAAGAUGACGAAGGUGGCGCAGAGUGAGCACUUUGAACCUAAAUAUUUAAAACUGCUGUUUUAAUGUUUAUGUACCUCAAACUUAAUGUUGUUUUGUAUAAAGUGAUUUGACUAUCCAAUUAUCUUGGUUUAGGCUGUAUAAUCCAUGAAAAGCUCUUGCUGUCAUACUGUACAGGCCAUUUCGCAAAGGAUAGCAUAAAAAAUAACCCACAUCUAUAGAUUGAUAACCUGUAUGCAGUGGUAUCAGUGGUUUAGUGUGUAUACAAUUAUCCUGUGGUCAUUUUUAUGACCACUUUUCAUGAAUAAAUUUGACUCUGUUGUGUACUUUGAGAUCACAUUAAAUAAGUGUGCUUUGUCUUAA